AUGGCGUCCAACGCCCUGAUAUUUGCCGUGGACUGGCAUGUGUCGGCUGAAUCCACCUUGGAUAUAUCCUGUUCCUCAGCCGGGAUAUUGGGCUCGGCCUCCCGACCUAGCAUCAGAUAUCCUCCCCCUCAGCUGGGACAUUGGCUAUGCCAACCAUCCCACCAUCCCACCCCACCCCACACCUCGCCUAGGUGGGACAAUUCAGGGCUGACGGCUUGUCUCAGCCGAAUCUACCUUCGAUAUAUCCUCCUCCUCAGCUGGGAUAUUGGGUUCCACCUCCCGACCUCGCAUCAGCCGAAUCUACCUUCGAUAUAUCCUCCUCCUCAGCUGGGAUAUUGGGUUCCACCUCCCGACCUCGCAUCAGGUGCGACCAGAGUUAAGACCACAACAACCGACACAUUUAAAUCAGAUAUCCUCCCCCUCAGCUGGGACAUUGACUAUGCCAACCAUCCCACCAUCCCACCCCACCCCACCCUACGCCCCUGGUUGAGACAAUCCACGGCUGACGAUGACCUUGUCUCAGCCCAGUCCACCUUUGAUAUAUCCUGCCCCUCAGCCGAGAUAUUGGGUUCGGCCUCCCGACCUCGUUUCAGGACUGUCUUUGCAUCAGCUGCGACUUCGGCUGCGUUCUCUCAGCUCCCUGCCCUAUCAUUCACCAAGAAGUGA